AUGGUCGAGCCAUGGUGGACGCUGCUGGGGGCUGCUGUCGUCCCAGUUAUCAUUGCUGGUAAAGCUUUGAGAACGAGAGCAAGACAUGUUGAGGAGCAAAGAUUAAGAAGUGCAUGGAGCCGGGAGAAGAGUGGGGAUGAUAUCUUUGUGUGUGAGAGAGUUUGCACAUCGAAGAGGAUGUUGAAGAAAGUAGGAGCCUUCGCCAAGGAUCCCAUCCCGGAUACUUGCAUUACAGUAUGCGGUGUUUCUGAGCUCGAUGCUUGUGCUGAUGCCUGUGCUCGAACUGUGUGUGUCAACCAACAUCAAGUACCCAACUGGAACGACAUCUGCCUCCGGAGAUGCCAGAGUGAGUGCCUCAAAUUAUCCGAUUCUCGCAUUCCACGUUGAAUCAUUCGAUGAUUGUGUUAUCUGAUUUAACUCCUCAGCAGUUAUGUUCUUGCUGCUAUCUUUGUUGGAUGUAUUACCAGCAAGCUAUUUAUUGAUCAUGUUUUUUAGCCUUUGUUAAGAUAUAAAAGAAUUGGCCAAUUUCUAUGUUAUAUAAGAAGCCAAGGUUCUGAUUA